GGGGGAGCCCAGCGGUGAGCGGAGUGUCCUGAAGUCACCGCUCGUAGGAGACGAAGGGGAAGCCGCUAUAGUCACUUCUUCUUCUGGUGUGUGAUGCUCUCUAGUGGAUGAGAGCCCGUCGCCCUGCUAUCCGUUGGAGGUGUGUGAUGCUCUCUAGUGGAUGAGAGCCCGUAGCCCUGCUAUCCGUUGGAGGUGUGCGAUGCUCUCUAGUGGAUGAGAGCCCGUAGCCCUGCUAUCCGUUGGAGGUGUGUGAUGCUCUCUAGUGGAUGAGAGCCCGUCGCCCUGCUAUCCGUUGGAGGUGUGCGAUGCUCUCUAGUGGAUGAGAGCCCGUCGCCCUGCUAUCCGUUGGAGGUGUGUGAUGCUCUCUAGUGGAUGAGAGCCCGUAGCCCUGCUAUCCAUUGGAGGUGUGCGAUGCUCUCUAGUGGAUGAGAGCCCGUAGCCCUGCUAUCCGUUGGAGGUGUGCGAUGCUCUCUAGUGGAUGAGAGCCCGUCGCCCUGCUAUCCGUUGGAGGAUGUCUGCGUCGGACUCUGAUUACUCAAUAGACUACCUGGCCAGUGACAGUGAGGAUAAUGACAACGACAGCGGCUUGGGACUGAGCCCCGACGGACACGCAGUCAGGACGGCACCUUCAUCCUCCUUACCUCCACCCUCAUCAUCAUCAUUAAGGGACUCUCCCAGUAACACCGACUGUGGUUCUUCUAAGGACGGGAUCUCGAGGCUAAGCAGGAAUUCCAACCACGAGGACCCCAAUAGGCUGAGCAGUGACACAGGAGAUUUCGGGGACUCUGGCCUCAGUAGGGACGGGGACAGUGAUAAUUCCAACGAUGCUGACCCUCGACUGAGCAGGGACAGAGAUCGUAGUUGUGGUGGCACCCCUCCUCCAGCCACCUACGGAGGGGGCCGCUGCCCCAGUGAGACCCAGGGAUGUAGUCCUACUGGGUACGGUCAGCAGCAGCAGCAGAGACUGUCAUGGAGCCCGACGUCCCCCUCUCAAGCCUGGGAUAGAAACAGUAGACACAGUGGCACUGGGAAGCCCGGGCAGGGCAGGAAGAGGGCACACAGCCAUGGACGGCAUCCUGGAGACCAAGGCUGUAGGAACAGAGACACAGCGGAACCUGGGGAGCCUGAGAAGGAUCAGCUGUUUGCCCAGAAGUGUAUGGAGCUCCAGCGUUACCUCCAUCCCCUGUCUUCCAUCCUGAGAGGCCUGCACUCUGGGAGGUACUCAGAACGUCUUAGCCGUUUCCAGGAGAGCGUUGCUAUGGACCGGAUCCAGAGAAUAAUGGGAGUCCUCCAGAACCCAAACAUGGGUGAGCGCUACGUUAGUGUGAUCCUGAAGAUGGAAACGAUGCUCCAUAGCUGGUUUCCUCAAGUCAGAGCCCGCCCAGACCCAGGCCCAGACCCAGACCCAGACACAGACCCAGACCAGCACAAUGACAGCCAGGAAGAGCACCACACUCCAGCUAAGAGACACAAGCAGUACCAGGCCCCAGCCCAGCCACCACCUCCAGCCUCUCCUCCCGUCGUCUCCCCCCCAGAGGGUGCCCACCACCCAGCCCUGCUAGCCUCCGACGGACCCCUGCCCGGCUCCUUCCCCUACUCCUCUGCCACUCAUCUCAAACGUCUCCACACCGCCCCCAUCUGCUCCUCCAACACAGAGACAGAGACAGAGACAGCCCAGCAAGAGCCACCGGGCCUGGUCAGGCCCUCCCUCGCCUGCUCCCUGGGAUCCAACCGUCCAGCCAACGACCAGGAACAGACCCAAGACGACGCGGUCUCCUCCAGCACUGACCCCCAGGGGAGCACUGUGGACCCCCACCUCCAGACCCACCAUUACAGAGUCAGACCCCGAGCCCACCGACGAGGACCUCCGUUGGGGAAGAUCAGCUCGCCCUGCCUGGAGAGGCUGCUCCAGUCCAAGCAGAGCAUCAUCUCACCCAGAAACAUGGGAGGCCAUAGUCCGGGAGGUGGUGGGGAGAGCAGCCGUUCGUAACAGCUAGACUCAGACAUGGUCCAUGGAGGAGAUAAGGACUGAUCUGGGCACAGAGUUGACCCGGGAGAGACAGAGCUGUAUCUUUCCACAACAGGCUCUCCAAUACAGCAGGGGGCAUUGGUCGGUGUCUGAGCGGGACGCUGUCUCUUUAAGAGCUGUGUGUCAUGUGAUCCAUCAGGUGAUCCAUCAUGUGAUCCAACUACGGUUUCUUUAUCUACAGUAAGACACUGAGACAUGGAGGAGAGGAGACAUAUUAUAGACCUGCAGUAAGACAGGGAGGAGAGGAGACAUAUUAUAGACCUGCAGUAAGACACAGAGACAUGGAGGAGACAUAUUAUAGACCUGCAGUAAGACACAGAGACAUGGAGGAGACAUAUUAUAGACCUGCAGUAAGACACUGAGACAUGGAGGAGAGGAGACAUAUUAUAGACCUGCAGUAAGACAGGGAGGAGAGGAGACAUAUUAUAGACCUGUAGUAAGACACAGAGACAUGGAGGAGAGGAGACAUAUUAUAGACCUGCAGUAAGACACAGAGACAUGGAGGAGAGGAGACAUAUUAUAGACCUGCAGUAAGACAGGGAGGAGAGGAGACAUAUUAUAGACCUGCAGUAAGACACAGAGACAUGGAGGAGAGGAGACAUAUUAUAGACCUGCAGUAAGACACUGAGACAUGGAGGAGAGGAGACAUAUUAUAGACCUGCAGUAAGACAGGGAGGAGAGGAGACAUAUUAUAAACCUGCAGUAAGACACAGAGACAUGGAGGAGACAUAUUAUAGACCUGCAGUAAGACACAGAGACAUGGAGGAGAGGAGACAUAUUAUAGACCUGCAGUAAGACAGGGAGGAGAGGAGACAUAUUAUAGACCUGCAGUAAGACACAGAGACAUGGAGGAGAGG